CAUUGUAUAUAAUAUGGACCUAUCCAUUUUUCAGUGCCAAAUAUCACAUUGAGUCCUGCAGCAUAGAUGUAUUGUAGAUCUCCUGGUUUGUUUAGAAAAUCUUUUUCACCACAGAAUUAGAUUCGUCUGGUCUGUGAUCAUGUAAAACAGAUUAUGCUCCUCGCAGAGAUGCCGUCUUGACAUUUUGAUGACUGAUUUCAGGGUGUGUGUGUGUGUGUGAUGGUAUCCCACACUGGAAACACCCCACGCCCCAUCAUAGAGAUAUCUUUCCUUUUUUUUUUAAAUCCAUGAGUUAAAUUAUGUCCACAGAGAUGCCAAGCACAUGAGGAGAUUUUAACUGACUGAAAAUAUCACUUCAUUCACAAGUCUUGUGUAAACUGUGAACACCAACACGGGGUGUGGACAGAAUAAUGGAAGCACAAGCGUGUUUACAAGAAUGUCGGGUUGGAAAUGUACAGCGCUGGUUCUCACAUUAAUGACCAUCGUCACUCAGACAUUGGUUCUCAUUAUUUUUGGAAAAAUGAUCAUUUCUGACACACACUUUGGGAACACAACAUCCUCUCUGGCAGAGCUUAUUAGUGUGUGUUAUUUUGUCCUUGCCCUGUAUCUGUCCACACACAGCCAGUCACUUCUGUGGUACAUUUCUGCUGAGAUUCCUAAAUGUUAUGUAGCGAUGCAUGUCUUGCAUUGUUUGGAUAGUUAUAAAACACGGGGGGGGGGGUAAAGUGCAAUACAGUAGAAAUGUUCAUCAUCGUCAUCAUCAUCAUCAUCAUCUUAACACUAAGCCUUUCAGAGCUUCAGAUGCUUUCUCCUGCAGAUCAUGAUCAAUCCAAUGGACUGGGAUUUCCCAAACUGUUUUUAGUGGCAAAAACAUCUCAUCUGGUUCAUUACAAGAAAAAGAUGAAAGAUGGUCAAGGUAAAGACUCCCUUUUUAAAUAUAAUUUGUGUGUUAUGAGUAGCUUAGUCACUCUCUGUGCAAAGACUCUUUUUAAAGACAGACUCUAACCUGUAGUUGCCACCAACACAUCGCAUUGAUGCUCUGACACUGUAUGCGGAGCCAGUUUUGUGGACACUGUUCUAGUCACCCAAAUUGAUUUAAUUCAGUGUUAUACAUGAGUCUUGAGAUUGAGCCUCUCCAGGAGUUACUCAUAUCCACAAAUGUUACUUAAAACCAUUUAAGAUUCAUACAUUCUGAGUGUAUUCCCCCUUUAAAGGGAGACGAUGUAACUUUUGCUGAACGGCAAACACUGUAGUUUCUAUAGGCAGUUUUGGAAUAACGCUAAAUGCACAGCUAUAGUUAAUCAGGUUAGCAUUUAGCUAAAGGACAUCUGUUACAGUAGCACAUGUUGAGAAGAGUCACAAGUCAGCAAACCGACUGUCCCUUGUACAGAUAUAUUUAGCUAAAGCUUUCUAACGUUAGCCACCAUGAGCUCCCGAGUGUGUUGACUUGAGGAGCACUUUGUUUUAUUGCUUGUGAGCUCAGCUUUUCAUUUGUGAGAGGAAAACUGUUUUCUCUUCUCUUCAAAGUUACGUAGUCUCGUUUUUUUUUUUAAAGAUGCUUUUUGUGAAACCAAGUCAGUGAUUCUUUGACUGCUCGAGCUGAUAAAUCCGAUCCAUGGUCUGUUCAUAGUCAGUGUCAUAGAAAGGCCUCGUGGUAGUCAUUUUUACUCUUAACCUGUACAUGACGCACACAUGCACAAACACACCUCUGCUCAUUGUGUUCAGAGAGCAGAAGAAUUGUGCUAUAUUACUUAUUUAUUGUAAUAUAUUGUUUAUGUAUUUUUGAGGUGACAAAAGUUCAUGUGCCAUGUUCAGAGGUUCAGCAAAUGUGCAAGUGCGUUCUUUAGAAGAAAAAGAUAUUUGUGACUUGAAGCUGGAAUGUAAAAGUACUUGUUAUGUUUUGUGGCCACUUGAGGGCAGCAGAAGAGCAGCUCAGUGUGCCGACGCUCCUCUCUUUCCUCUGGUGUGAAAGCUGUCAUAGACAGGAAACCAACAGGAAGGUGUAUUUAGUGUUUUAUCGGCCGUUGUCAUGACUGUGUGAAGUUACGUUUUUUUAAAAAGCAAUGUUGUUUAAAACCUGUUUGCAUGUUAAAAUAAAAAAAAAACUAAAAGUACACAAUGCAAGAGAGGACACAUUGAAGGCUUUGUACUAUUGUUGAUGUGUAAAUAUAUGCCCAUGUUUGGUAUGUAGUUAUUAUUUAUCAGUUGUAAAUGAAAAAAAUAGCCAACCACAAAGCAAUAUGUCUCCCCUCGUGUCCCAGCAACCUUCUGACAGCUGAAGCCACACUUUUCUAAAGCAGCGUUUUACUAUGUCAACAUUUGACUGAAAUGAAUAAAUUAUAGGUUUUAUGUGACAUCUCCGGGUGAGCUUGUGGUCUUUUUUUUGGGGGCUAUUGUUCAUAUACUGUUUGCCGAGUGCAUUUAACAAAUGAUAUCACAGCAAACAGUUCAGACACUCUCAAGAAAAGAAAAGAAAGUCUCUCACCUCGGGUUGCAUUCAACAUGCAAACAUUCAUAAGGUCUCAUUAUAUGACUUGGUGCUGAGAAGACUCUUGAUCAAAUACUCCAAAUAUUCCAGAAUUGCGGCAUUAUAGAGCAACUACUGAAUUAUAAAUAGAUGUUUAGUGCUUUUACACUACAUGUCAACAUUUACGAAUUCACGCACUGAUGGCUGUACCUUUUAAGAGCAAUUGAGGGUUCAGUAUUUUGCCCAAAGAGACUUUGACAUGCGGACUGCAGGAGCCAGGGAUCAAACCACCGAUGAGUGGACGACCUGAACUAGUCACAACCGCCCCGGUAUGUAAAACUACACUGCAAACAAUGUUUUCUUGACUGCCGUGCAUUCGGGUGAGAGGUAAGUGAACAACUGGCUCAAUUUACCAGAACCACUAUUAAAACUGCCCAGCAAUUCAGGCUAAUCUUUAUCUAAAUGGUGCACGUGGUUUUAUAAGAUGGCAAAUCACCAACAUGAAUAAAACACAUUUUUAGACCUGGUUAAAUGCAUAGGCUACAAUUGGGACAUACUACUUUGUUAUAAUGUUGCGCCUUGAUCAAGUGUCACCCUCUUGUUCAUGAGGAUUGUGGGUCAGAGUAGCCAGAACAGCAUGCUGCGACUGGAUGCAUGUAGUAGGACAUCCUGGUGUUUUUGUCAUACUGCGUUUGACACACUAUUUAUUGGGACAUUCAUGCACAAUCUUUUUCAUGCAUAUUUAAUAGUAUGGUAGUAUGGGUAAGGGAACGUACAGCUGAUCUCCUUCAUGUUGUCGGAGUUUGUUUUCAUUCGAUCAAAACCGUGUGUGUGUGUGUGUGUGUGUGUGUGUGUGUGUGUACAGAAGUCAAUAUUUUUUAUUCUAAUGAAUGUUGGACACAAACACAGGUUAUUUCAAUGGUGGGUUCAAAGCAUGGUUAAUUUUCCUAAACGUUUUGAAUAAUGUAAUUAUGUGAAAAAAUGUAUAGAUUUAGAAAUAAAUACUUUUAACUGUUAACGAGGAUACUACUCAUGAAUAAAAGGGAUUCUUUUUGAUGAUAAUGGUGUUAUGAAGGAUUAGUGUUUUUUUUUGUGGACAAAAAAAACCCUGUAAAUAACUGCAGAGUGGAUUUACACAACACACAAGAACCAAAUAACCCUGGAGAACAUGAACACUGUGUGAACACCAAAUAUUAAGAUCUGACACUCAACAAACAUUUAUACACUUUUUAAAUAUUGUAUCACGAGGCUCUGUGGGGUAAAGUACAAUAAAGUAGGAAUGUGUGUCCCACAAGUAUUCAUCCUCAUUUCAACUCUAAGCUAAGAUCAUGAUUCAUUACAAUACAAUAUUAGUAUUAUUAGUAUUUAUUUCAAAGACUCUCAACACUUUUCACCAACACAAAGAAACAUUCUUCUAAAACUCUUUGGCAGAUCAGGAAAAAGGUUUGAUUAAAAACCUUAAUUUAGUCUAAAACACACAGCUUUUUACCUCAAAGGGUCUUUAUAGGGGAGAAAAUACAUUUAAAAAAUGACAGUUUAGAAGUUAUUUACUUCUCCUUCAGGAUCUUGUUCCCUUCCAGCGGUGCAGAUCAACUCAGCUUCUGUGACGGACAGAGACUCUGACUCCAACAUGCUGUUGUUCCUCUUCUUGUUUGGUCUGGCUCUGGGUGCUGUGUCUCCUUCAGAUGAACCUCAUGUGGAGCUACAGCGUGCCAGCUGUCCCAUGUUAUGGUACAGCUUCAACGGUCGCUGCUACAAGUACGUCGCCACAGGCAUGACCUGGGCUGACGCAGAGCUCCACUGUGUGUCAGAGGGAGCCAACCUGGUGUCUAUCCACAGUCGGGCCGAAGAGGAUUUUGUCAGAUCUCUGGUCAAGAACUUUGAUCGUCAUGAGAAAUACACUUGGAUCGGACUCAGCGACAUUCACAAAGAAGGCAGAUGGAUGUGGUCCGAUGGGUCUGCAGUCAACUAUGUCUUUUGGAAUAGUGGCGAGCCAAACAACGACAGAGGAAAAGAACACUGUACUCACACCAACUUCAAUACGCAGUGGAAUGAUGUCAGAUGUUCUGAGAUUUAUCCCUGUUUGUGUAUCUCCCGCAACCUGUCCUUAGCAGCUGAGAUAGAUAUACCUGUCUGAUUGAACCUGGUCACUGC